AAGCAGAGCAGACCAGAGACGGGGAUCUCAGCUGCCAAUACUUUUUCCACGACGAGAACCCAGAUUCCGGGCCCGGGGACGGCGGGGCGGAGACAUGGACAAGUUGUCACUGUGUUUCCUGGUCGUCAUCGGCCUCCCUGGAGCUUUUCUCCAAAGCGACAUGCAAAAAAAGGCCUUUGUGUUCCCCAUAGAGUCCGAUAAGUCCUUCGUAACCCUGUUUGCUCAGGUCCAGGAGCCAUUGCAGGCUUUCACCGUAUGCCUGCGGGUCUAUACCGCCUUGACCCGCCCAUAUAGCCUCUUCUCUUACGCCACCAGGACACAGAGCAAUGAGAUCCUCCUCUUCAAGGAGAGGAGUGGAGUAUACAGCGUAUCUGUGGGUGGCUCGGACGCCUACUUCACGGCUCCGGAGAAGUCUUAUGCACCAGUGCACUUCUGCAUCAGCUGGGAGUCCAGCUCGGGGAUUGUAGAGCUCUGGGUGGAUGGGAGGCCCAUGGUGAGGACGAGUCUGAAGAAGGGAUACACUGUGGGGGCAGGAGCAAGCAUCAUCCUGGGGCAGGAGCAGGAUUCCUUUGCUGGGAACUUUGACACGAACCAGUCCUUAGUGGGAGACAUUGGAGAGGUGAACAUGUGGGACUUUGUGCUGUCACCAGUCGAAAUAAGCUCCGUCUACAAUGGUCAGGCCUUCAGCGCUAACAUCCUGAACUGGCAGAACUUGAACUACGAAGCACAAGGUGAAGUGUUCGUCAAGACCCAGCUGUGGAUCUGAGACCUUCUGUCAGUCCCGGAGCUGCCUCCUGGGGGUGGGGGGUGGGGUCACGCCUCACAUGGCCCUCGUUCGAUCCGGCUCUGAGGGGGGACCCCUACACACGUGGGGGGGGCGUGUUUCCCUCUGCCUCCUCCACUCUGUUUUCAUCAGCACAAGGGACAGCGCCGGGCAGAGGGGCUGUUCAGGACCACACCACCUGACCUGGGGGAGGGGCGCCUGGGUGGCCCAGUCCUUUGAGGGUCCGGCUCUCGGUUUUGGCAAAGGUCACGAUCUCAUGGCUUUGUGGGUCGGAGCCCCACUGGCGAGCUCUGCGCUGACAGUGUGAAGCCGGCUUGGGAUUCUCUCUCUCUCUCUCUGCCCUUCCCCCGCCUCGCACUUGUCUGUGCCUCUCUCAAAUAAAUAAAUAAAUAAACUGAAAAGAACAUCUGAUUUGCGGGACCGUCGAUGUUUUUAAAGUUCUCCAAGUGAGUCCAGUGUUUGGUCAAGAUGGAGAGCCAUGCAUUUUAAGUGUCUCUAGGAGGAAGUGAGCCAACUUUUGUGUUUUUUUUCUCCCGGAAGACGGCAUAUGUUUACCUGAGGUCCUGCCAGCCUUUUAAUUUCCUUUUAAAGGCAAACCCACCCCAUUUUAUUGUGCUUUCAUGAGUUAUCCGCAUAACCCAGGAAGAGAAUUUUUCCAGUGUUCUGACCCCCGCCCCCCCAUCCAUCAGGAUGUGGUCACUGGAAUUUAGAAUACUCUCUAAUUAUUUAAUCCUUUGAAUUUGAAGGUUUAAAAAGCUAAGGAGAAACGUUUUGUUGUCGUUUCUGUUUAAUUUGUUCUUUUUUCCUCAGGACCACCAGUUUUCCUCGUGUGAUAUUUCCAUUAUCUUGCCUUCUCAUUUAUCAUCGCCCAGACUUCUCUGAACCUACGUGCUUGGUCCUUGUA